CCGGUCGAAAGUUGAAAAAAGCUGGUAAGGAUAUUCCAAUGACGUCCGGGACAAAAUCUCAAAUUAUGAUGCGUCUUGAGAAAAUGGUGGAAGAGUCCGAUAUUAUGCACGGCGCCAUCCGUAGUGUAGAUUUUGAUGAAGGUGUUUUCGGAAUUGCUCAUUCCGAAAUAAUUGCAAAGGAGGACAUGCAACAACUUUUUGAACACGAAGAAUUGGGCAUCGCUGUCAUUCAUGCAUACAUAUGGUAUAUGUAUGUAACAUUGAUGCGGAGAACUGAAUUGUGUAACCGAUUCAAUUUUAUUGCUGCUUCCCGUAUCAACACAACGUUUAUAACGAAAAAUCCAACAUCCAUAAAGAAUGAACUAGUCGAUAGAUUCAUGGCGGCCGGCGAUAAUACUACACCCAGUUUGUAUUUUUUACCGUUUAAUUCUGGCAACGGUGGUCACUGGGUGUUGGUUGCUAUGGAUCUUUCGAGACUAAUGGUGUAUUAUCUCGAUUCGUUAUCGGGUGAUUGGAGUAAAUAUUCGAGUAUGAAGAAGACGGUUGACGCGACAAUACUAAAAUUUAGAUCGAAAAAGAAUUAUCGUAAUAGGAAGGACAUUACCUGGGUCAGAGUUCAGUGUCCUCAGCAAAACAUUUCGGUCGAUUGCGGAUUUUUUGUAUUGAGAUUUAUGAGAGAUAUCAUUGCGUUGAAUCGUAUAGACAUCCCAAAAAUGUACUUUGAGGAAUACAAAUCUUACUCAAGAGCUCAUUUGGAUGAAAUGAAGGAUGAAUUGUGUCAAUUCAUUGUUGAUCAAAGAAUCAUAUAGCUAGGUUGUAUAUUGUUGUACAUAUAUGUAUGAAAUGUUGUUGUUGUAUGCUGUUGUUGUAUAUAUGUUGUAUAUUGUUGUUGUACUUUUACUAAAUCAUGAAUAUGUUGUUGUAUAUUGUUGAUCAAAGAAUCAUAUAUUAAUGUUGUAUAUAUGGAGGAUUAAUGUUGUAUAUAAAUGGAUUCAUGUUGUAUAUAUCAAUGGAUUAAUGGUGUAUAACAUUGGAUUAAAGGAUGAAAUCAAUAUGAAUUUUACACUUUUGCAGCAUGCGAACAGGUUCCCAAUUAAAUAUCCAC